AUGGGUUGGUGGGCAUUUCGUUUCAUAUUGUUACCAAAAGUAAAAGUUCAAGAAUUAUUGGAAUUACAUUUGAUCAAAGGGGAUUAUUUUCCACCAUCUCUCACAACUUUUAAAAUUUCCAGAUAUCAUGAAUUCAUCAAUUCAAAUAUACUUGAACUUCAUCAUUUAACUAAAUUCGCGAAUUGGAUAGAUAGGAAGGUGGAUUCAUUUUAUAAGAAUUUUUCUAUCCCUUAUAAAUUCAAAUUCCUUUUUACGAGCAAGAAAUCUAUGGAAAGUAAUUUGUCAUAUCGUGAAUAUGAUUCAAUUUUAAUUGUAGCUCAAAUUAAGAAUUCAGAGCAAUUGAACAAAUAUGUUUCCAAGACUGCUGAAGUUAGUUACGUCUCUCAAAAAGAAUAUGCUAUAUUUUAUAAUGAAGAGGAGCCUGGGUUUGGACGGGGUCCAGAUCUUGUGCAAAAAUAA